AUGAAAAUCGUCAAUUUGACAGCUUCGCUGAAGUUGCCAAAUUUUUGCGAAAUCGUAGUGCUGCCAGGCAACGGGUUCAUCGAUGAGCAAUGCUGUGUGCAAAAAGAUGUUGGAAAUCGUUGUGCGUACUAUCAAUUCAGUCCCUCUCUUGAUAGCAGCCUUCGUGGCGCCCUAAUGCGGGAGGGGCAGUACCUCCGCUUAACUAUCUCACGACAACUUGAAGUGUGUUUGGAAAAUUCGAAUUCGCCACCACAGCCCGUCACUUUUAUUGUGCCUCCCGUCGUGGGGAAAGCUCUCAGCUUUACUGGAAGACUGCCUGUUUCUGUCGUCGGGGUGAGUCUUGAAGAGGAAAUUCAAAUCUCCGAAGUCGGUAGAGACACGCCGGCCAAACUUCGGUCUGUCCUGGAUUGGGGUAGGCAAGAAAACUCAACCCAAGAGCGUCGCCAGAAAAUUUGUCGCAUAAGCAAGCUCUUGGGUGACCUUUCGGUACAACUUGGUGACUUUGAUGCUGGCCACUGGCAUUAUCGAAAUGCCAUUCGGUUUUCAAGCUCCACAGACCCAGCUAUCUGGCAGUCGGCAACACUGGUUGGAAUCGGCGCAUCGAUAUACCUCCGUCAGAUCGAUGUGUUGGGGAAGCAUCGCUUUUUCGAAGUAUGCAAUUCAGAGCAAUGUAGCCAACGACUUCGACCCUCCGAACGCCUUUCGCCCAUUCUCAGUGCCACCGGUACCGCCUUGACGAGGCUCAUUAAACCUAAACUUUCUAUCACUCUGGUUGUCUCGCCGGGUUGGAUCUUGCAACUACAGAAAAACACACUGUCAGAGUUCCGAAAACGCCAUCACGGGCUCUGUUCCGCGCGAUUCAGUCUCUUCAAGGUCUGCGUAAGAUUUCUUAUCGCCGUAAACCUGAACCUAUAUGACUUACAGGCAAGCUCGGUCCCUCGGUGUGUGAUUGAGACUGCGUACAAAAGCGCCGACUAUUUGGUAACGGCCAAGAAGAGGACUAAGGCUGCCAGGCUACUUGGGUCCCUUCAGACAGAUGUAAUUCCACAAGGGGUAUUAUCCCGCCAUGAAUGCAUCAUUAGACAAAUCGAUGGGAAGACCGGAGUGCAGUUCACUCUCGCUAAAUCGGGAACUGAACCAAAAAUACUUCGGAUUCUAGUCGAGCCCUGA